AUGCCGAAAUCUUUCCUUAUCCGAACUAAUCGAGAUAUGAAACGAGAUCACCGGACUAUUGUCGCGUUGUAUGAGACAGCCCCCAGUAUAUCUCGCCCACUGAUCACACCGUGUGGAGUUUUCCGGUGUAAGUGGCACACUUUCAUCAUCACCACAUAUAGGCUUUACUGCUACAGAGAUCAACCGAUUGUUUAUCCCUCAUCACCGGAAGAAAGCAAACAGUGUUUCACAGACUCCAUGGCUGCUAUUUCACAUCCGGUUUAUUCUGCGAGCCCUAUAUCUGCCUUAACAAACUGGAGCGAAAUGUACCCUAUGGGUCAUUCAAGGGCGUACUCCGUCGGCUCCCUAGGACUACCUCUUCAAACAUGUCUGACUUUCAACGCGUACACUUUCAACCAAUGGGGAUCAGCGAUGUACCCGACAUUUGUACCAAGGGGAGGCAACUAUGAUUUACACGAAAAAAGAAACCGGAAGGAUGAGAACAAUAACGGAGAAUCUUUACCAGUUCGGAAGCCUCGAUUUGAUUUCGCCAAUCUUGCAAAAGCGGCAACAGAGGGCGCUACAGACAGAAGGGAUGGAACCGACAUUGAGGCACAAAUAAUAAGUCACGUGAUGAUGAAUAUCGGCUCCCUGAGAUACAACCCUAUGACCAGUAGUUUCAGUCCUGUUACGUCAUCACCACGUGCUAACCCUGUCACCCCAAGUAAAAGGCCUCGUGGUAGAGGACCAGCUAGGACUAAGAAAGAGUUUAUCUGUAAGUACUGCGGAAGACAUUUUACCAAAUCCUAUAACCUGCUGAUCCACGAGCGGACACACACGGACGAGCGGCCCUAUUCCUGUGAGAUCUGUGGAAAGGCUUUCCGACGACAGGAUCAUCUCCGCGAUCACAGGUAUAUCCAUUCCAAGGAAAAGCCGUUUAAAUGUACGGAAUGUGGGAAAGGAUUUUGUCAGUCACGAACCUUAGCCGUACACAAAACGCUUCACUUGCAGCAACAGAAUGGCCAAACACCCACAAAACCGCUUAAACUUUGCAAGACAACGUGAUUAAAGUCAACAAUGCUGUGAAAUGUGACCUCCUAUUUAAUCAUGACGUCAUAAGCCAAGUUUCCAGAAAUGGCAGACGUUGAGAAAUGCUUUUCCGGCCAAAUCUCGCCAGUUUUACAUCGUAUACCAAUCGGAAACGAGACUUGAUAGUCGCUUUUCAAGGAGACCAGCACCGCGGCAAAUUUGUCACGUGACAUGAACGCUCCAAUAAAUAGCGAACUCUCGUGAAAGUGAUGUGUAUUUUGAAAAAUCACAUACAAUUCAGGAUAAACAUCUAUCAUUAAUGGUACCUCGGAUAUGUUGAAUAUUGUAAUAUAUCCCCCCUCAUCAUCAAGGUUGUGACUAAAUAUAUAUAAUUAUGUAUUUAUUACUUCUAUU